UCCUCUUUAUAUGUGCCGCUCAGUCUCUUAUUCCUCUUAUUGCUUCUUCAACGUGAUAAACGAUUUCAGAGAGAGAGAGAGAAAGAAUCCUAGUGAGAGGACGACUUAGGAAGAAUGGAGGAGCCAAGGCUCGGCUUCGUGGAAUUCGGCGACGCCGCUGAGCUCUUGGAGACUGCACCGACGGAGAUCGUCAGCGAGGAGGAAGAAGAUUUCGAGUUCGCCUUUUCCAUCAAGUCCGAUCCGGGCAGCUGGCCGGAUACCACAGCGGACGAGAUCUUCUACAACGGUCGGAUCCUCCCCGCCUAUCCGCUCUUUAAUCGCGACCUCAUUGGCGAAAACGCAGACCCUACGGAGGAGGAGAACUUGGAGGAGAGUGUCGACCAAUUUAUUCUGGAAUACGAGAACCGUGAUACGCCGCGGUCGGGAUCCGAGUCUUCGUCUUCGUCAAUCGUGUCAGUGGCGAAGGGUAUGGAUCAGCGGCUCCGGUGGGCCGCUCCGGCAAGCUCUGCUCCGCAGUCUCCGGAUCAUUGUCGUAAGAGUAGCUCUACCGGUUCGUCAGCCUCAGCGUCGGCAUCGCGGAGGUGGAAGCUUCGGGAUCUUGUAGUUGGCCGGAGUCGGAGCGAUGGGAAGGAGAGGUUUGUUGUUAUUCCGCUGCCGGAUGGCAAGGAGAAAGAAAAGGAGAAGAAAACCCUUCGAAACUUGAACUCUUUUGCUAAAUCGGUACCGGCAGAGGCUGAGAAGAAGGAGAAGAGCGGGAAGGGAAAAGGCCAGACUACGAAAGAAAUGGAUAUCGUCACCGCUCACCGAAUCUACUACGGCAAAGUUGGCUCCGGCGGUGGACAGCCUCCUGCGGCGGGCAGCUACCGUCGGAGCUUUCUACCGUACCGGCAAGAACUGCUCGGCGGAAUAUUUGGGAAUGCCAAACAUCACCCCUUCUAAGAUCGAUUUUAAUUUUGAUUUGUGAAUUCAAUUUUUUAAAUAUUUAUUAUUUGUACAUCUGCUUCUGUCAGGGAAGACUUUGUGCUGCGCUUUAAUGUUUAUUGUAUACUUUGUAUA